AUGCACAAGGUAGUUGUCCCCAAACUAUCUGGGGUCCAUCGCUUUGCUUGUUUGGCGCUCUACCGGGCACUUCUUCGACAAUGCACGCGACUACCAAAUGCCACGCCGGAGCUCAACGCAUCCAAACCCUUAAUAAAACAAAAAUUCCAUAGAUAUAAGAGCCUCCAAAGCCCAUCCCAGACAGUGAAUGCCAUGAAGGCCGGAUACGAGGCCUUGGAUCUAUUACACAACGCAUCCCAAGGAAAGAAGCGCGAUGUCAGUCAUAUCACGAAACUUAUUACACAUAGUCAAUCGAUGAAAGAGGAAAGCCGUCUAGCGCAAAGGAAAAUGGGCUUGAUCAAAAAUUCAAAGCCCGUGUCUCCGAAGGUACAAAAGAAGGAAGAGUCUAGGCGUCUUCAACAGAAUACCGCUCGACGACAUCCAGAUGCCACUUCGAUCCUUUCCCGCCCUCGACCCGUUGUCAGUGGGAGACGGCAGAUACCUGUUCUCGUGAACGCGCGUGGGGUCCCGUUUUUGCGUAUCAAGAAACCCCAACCGAAGAAUCUCAGUGGUGUGCUAAGAACCAAGCUUGAAAAGCGUUGGAGUAAAAUCGAGCGACGCGAGAGAUUGCAAUUAGAGCUGCUGUUCGCCAAGGAUGAAGAUUUAUGGGACAGAUUAACGAUUGACCAAGAACCAGACACCUGGUCUCAGGAGGUCCUGACCGCUCUCAAAGAUGUCAAUACAAAGAUCAAGGAGACCGACAACAAAAAUAAGGAGCUCGCAGAAGCCAUGUGGAAGGUUGUCCUUGCUGAACGCGAAUUGGCAGCUAAAGAGAAAGAGGAGAAGGAUGUUUCGCCUGUGUGA